GAUUGGCAUUCCAUCAUAAUAACAAUACCACGUUGGGUAAAGAUGGCGUCAAGAAUACUACUUUUUAUGUUUAUUUUUGUUCUGGCUGUCCUAAACCAUUCAUUUGCUCAAAUCGAAGAAAGUGAUGCUUUUGAUCCAGGAAAUAAAUCUCCAAUAUUUUAUUCAAAUUACCUUAACAUUACAUCAAAAACUAGGUUUCUCAUUUAUGAUGUGAAUCCAGGCGAAGGUUUUAAUCUGAGAAGGGAUGUUUAUGUUCGCGUAGCAAAUCUUAUUCAGUUCAUGAAUGAUAGAGGCGAAGAUUGGAUACUUGUUCUACCGCCAUGGAGACACUUGUUUCACUGGAAAUCUAGGUAUCUACGUCAAGAGGCUACACCAUGGAGAUACUUUUUUGACUUAUCUAGUAUGAACUUGUAUGUGCCAGUCAUGGAAUUUGAAGAAUUUAUUUCCUACAUAGGUUCAAAUGGCAUUGACCAUGUUUUGUAUUUGCAACGUCACCCAGAUGGUUUUAAGAAUGGAUGGAAAGAGGUAAUUGAAACAGCUGACUGCAUUGAAAAAGCUACCUACCAUAGAGAUGAUUCAGGAAAAUUCAGAGGUUAUUUUUGGAGUAUGUCACAUAUUUACUCACAAAAGUUUGAUUGUGUCAGUGCUCAAGGACAUGCUACAGUUUUAGCAGAUUUUUUAAAGAAGUUAGAGGCAAGGUCCAUACUAGUUGAUCGAUUUGAGCAGCUUUUACAUACCAACUAUGGUGGAGUUGAUUUUUAUAAGGCUAGAAGAAGUCUAGUUUUUGCUCAACAUUUGCGAGAAGAAGGAGACAGGUUUCGUGAAAAACAUCUAAACUCGAAAGAUGAAAAAGACAAGACACCAUAUACUCCUGAUUGGAGAAAGCAAGUUCCAGGAGAUGGCGAUGCUUUAGGUGGACCAUAUAUCGGUGUACAUAUGAGAAGAGGAGAUUUUGCACACUAUGCGCACAAGGAAACUGUUCCAUCAAUUGAAGAAAUAGGAACUGAAGUACAAAAGUUGCUAGAUAAAUGGAAAAUAAAGAAAGUAUAUCUUUCCACUGAUGGAACUGAUGAAGAAAUUAAAGAAUUACAAAGUUAUAUCAAGGGAAAGGUUUACAUGUACCCACGUCCGAAAGAUGUUGUUGAAAAAUUCAAAGAUGGAGGAAUUGCUAUCAUAGAUCAAUGGAUUGUUGCACAUGCACGAUAUUUCCUGGGUACAUGUGAAUCAACAUUCUCGUUUCGCAUUCACGAAGAACGUGACAUCUUAGGUUUCAGCGGUGAUUCAACAUACAACUGCUUAUGUGGGAAACAAUCACCACCUGACAGAUGUCAUCCACCCACUCAAUGGAGAGUUAAAUUCUCAUGAUACCAUUGUGUUGAAGUAGUUUCAUAAUUUUGCAUAAAACACGAUAACAAAAGAAACGACAUUUUAAAAUUUUGCAUUGCACAAGUUUAUAUUUUUACCUUGGUAAUUUAAGUUUGCCAUGAGCAUUUGAAAUCAUUUUACAGCACAAAAUGUUUUUCUUGGUUUACUUUUGGUAGACAUGUCAACUUUCAAUUUGACACCAACACGUAAUUGUGGUUGUGUUCUUUGCUCACCAUAUAUUUAUUUAUUUAUUUCCAAAUGUAACGUAAUUUCUCAAUAAUUUUUUUAAUUACUUUUUUUAAUCAAUUUAAUAGUUUUGCACACGUUCUACAAAUAAAAUAAAUUUCUUGUGCGA